AGCCGCAGGUUUCCGGUGCAAUGGCGGCCAAGGCCUUCAAAGUGCGGGCGGGCCCCGCAGGGCGCAGAUACGGACUGGCGGCCGGGAGCCUGGCGGAGCUGCUGCGGAAGGCCUCCCGGCUGGAGCCGCCCUUGGUGGAGGGCUGCCGGCUGGGCUGCUACGAGGACGGCCGCCAAGUCAGCGAGGAGGCUUUCCGCGCCCUGCCCGAGGACUCCGAACUGAUCCUGCUGCGCCCCGGGGAGGAAUGGAGCGGAUACGUCAGUGAGAUCGAGCGCUUCCUGAGCGCUUUCUCCAGCUGUUCUCCUGGCGUGGUACACGCAGCUCAGGGGCUCCUCUCAGGCGAGGAGGCUCCUAUGAGGUGCAAACUGUUGUCUGACCUGAUUCAGAACCUCAGCGAAAACAUCUCUGCCGAAAGCAGAAAGGAAGACGAGAUGUGGUUUGAAGGGGUUGAGUCUCGGUUUAAGACCAAGUCCAGUUAUAUGCGCCAUAGUUGUGAGAGCAGAAUUCGUGGAUACAUGAAAGAGGUUGGGGCUUAUGCUUCUGCCGUCCCUCCCGCCCUCCAAAUGAAAUUCAGUGGGAUCGCUGAAGCCAUGCUGGAGAAACUGAAGUCGGAGAAAUACAAUGGUUUUUAUUUUGACCGGAAGGAAGAGACCAAGGAUCCCCUCUGCACACCGGAAGGCUGGUUCUCUUGCCAAGGCCCCUUUGACACCGAAGACUGUUCCUGGAGACACUCCAUCAACCCUUACGGGAACAAAGAAAGCCGAAUUCUGUUCAGCACGUGGAACCUCGACCACAUAAUUGAGAAGAAGAGGGCGGUCCUGCCCACCUUAGUCGAGGCCGUGAAAGGCUGCGACGGGAAGGAAAUUGACUGGGAAUAUUUUUACCGGCUCAUGUUCACCACGGACAAUUUGAAACUGGUGCACAUUGUGUGCCACAAGAAAACAGUCCACAACCUCGGCUGCGACCGGACAAAAAUCUACCGUAAACGAAAGACAGGCCGGAAGACCAGGCCUCUUUGCGGCCACAACCUAAGUCCGCGGGCUCAGUUGUCGAAAAGGAAACAAAAAAACGACACUAAACUUUCUAAAAAUAAGGCAACAAAAAAGCCCCACCCCAUAGCUAAGAAGGGAUCCGCUUAACGGCUGUGCCGUUUGCUUAACGACGAUUGCAGAAGAGGCCGAAUCAAAUUUGCCUGGCCAGGGAGCUAUGUUUGUUAUUUUAAAUGAUUGCUUUUAACUCCAUUCCGUAUUUUUUUUUAAAAAAAAAUAGAUUUAAAAAAAAUUAAAUUACAGAAAUUAGUGAA